CAAUUCCUCGCCGAAUCCGUCCCUCGCAGAAGCCCUAGCCGCCCUCGCGAUUCUCCUCGCCGCGAGCUCCCUCGUCGUGACGAGCUCUCACAGGCGCCCUCCCUCGGCGAAACGAGCUCUCGUUCUCCCCGCCCUCCUGCAAAUCUCGGCCCUCUCUUGCCGUGCCCUCCCUCGUCGCGCCCGAAGCUCCCUGCAACGAAGCUCCCCGCGACGUCGGCCCUCGCCGCGCCCUCCCUCGAGCCUCCCUCACUUGCAGCGACGAAGCUAGGGUUUCCCCGCGCCUCCCUCGCCGCGACGCGCGACGUCGACGCUCGCCGCGCCCUCCCUCUAGCCGUCCUCACUUGCCGAUCAAUGGCAGAUUCUUCGUCGAGAUCUUUGCCUUCCAAGAACAACUCCGCCGUCGAAGAGGAGCCCAAGCUGGAGCUCCUCAAGAAGAUUCGAAGGCACGAGGUCGCCAUCUCUGAGCUGAACCAUCUCCAGCCCUCCCGAACAGUAUACCAGCAGAAUUGUAAUAUCUUCUUCCGGAAGACUAUCAAGACAGUGAUGGCAUCUGAACAGAAACAUCUUGAUUUAGCUAAAGCUCAGUUGCAAGAAUUUGAUGCUGUUUUGAAGCAACCACAGAAGCAAAAAUGACGAAGAUACAUGGUGGGUGAUAGUUUCUGCCUUCGUCAGUGUAUUACAAUUCGGCUGUGUGCCCAGUAUUUUGUAAUAUUUUUUUUCGUUUUUUUAAUGCCUAAUGUCUAUUAUAGUUGUUGAAAAAUGUCACAUCUGAUUCCAUCUACGAGUAAAAUUUUCAUUUCAUCC